AACUGCCGGCGGCGCUCGCGCGUCCGGGCCCUGAGCCUCCCGGCCCCGCGGCCUCCCACGCGCGCCGCAGGGGCCCCCGCCGGCCCCGCCCACCCCAACCGGCCGCGCGCCGCCGCGCCGCCCCCGGGGCCCGCGCCCGCGCCGCCGCCGCCGCGCCUCAGCGUGCCGCCGAGGGAGGACGCGGAGCCCGGCGCCGAGCCCUGCGCGCGCGCCUGCGGGGCGGACUGGGACGAGCGCGAGACCUACUGCGCCAGCGAGUUCGCGGUGAACGGAAUCGUGCACGAUGUGGACGUCCUCGGCGCGGGGAUCCGGCUGGUGACUCUGCUGGUGGACCGGGACGGGCUGUACAAGAUGAACCUCCUGUACAUCACUGCGGACGGGUUUUUCUUCCGAGUCCACAUAUUAGCCCUAGACUCCUCUAGUUGCGAUAAGCCAUGUUCAGAUUUUAAACCUGGCAGCAGGUAUAUUGUGAUGGGCCACAUCUACCAUAAGAGAAGGCAGCUACCUACAGCUCUGCUUCAGGUCCUGAGAGGGCGCCUCCGACCAGGAGACGGACUACUCAGCAGCAGCAGCAGCUAUGUGAAAAGAUUUAACCGGAAAAGGGACGGGCAAGUGCAAGGGGCAAUUCACACCCAAUGCAUUUGGGACAAACCAGCCUGGCAUUUCUGGAUCAUAAGAGACUUGGAAUUCAAAUAG